AUGGUAAAUACAGCGGUUGGAGAUUUUACGUUUUUUUUACCAUUGCGAAAGCAGUGUUUGCGUGACGUUGCUGGAAGGAGAAAAUCUGCUGUUAUCUGCCUUGCAGCUCUUUUUAAAUGUUCCUCAAGCGUAAAUUCUUUUUUUCGCCUGGGAUUUAGAGUUGACGAUAUGGGAAGACAAGACAAUAAGAAAAUGUUGCUCAUGUUGAUACCAAAUAAAGAAAAAGUAAAGAUAAACAUGAAAACAAAACCAGAAAGUACUAAUAAGUCGCCAUUGGAGACAAGAGAGAGAGUAGUGCAAUAUAUUUACAAAAGAUGGUGGAAAAUAGCUCUAAAGUUGAUCACGUAUUACUUUAAACAGCUGCUUAAAAGCAAGUCUAUAAAGAAAUAA